AUGUGGCGCCUGCUUCUGGUGCCGCCUUCGGUGCUUGCCUGGCAGGCAGCCAAGGCUGCGCUGGACUCAGCAGAGGCUUUGAUGGUGCAGGGGAACCUGGAGCCGGCCAUGCAGAAGUACUUUGAGGCCUGCAAGACCCGGCGGGCGCUGCAGGAGGAGACGCCUCCGGAUCACCCGCUGCUCCUCCCCGGGGACGGCUCCUUCCGCCGCGCCGGGCGGCAGAAGCUGCGGCACGAUGCGGAGCAGCUGGAGCACCUGGUGCAGCUGCAGCUGCUCCCCGCGCGGCCUUUUUCACAGGUGGCCCACGUCUUCCGUCAGGUGCUCGAGCAGCUGCCGGAGGACCUGGCGGUCGUGGAUGUGGGUGCUGGGGUCAGCAAAGCCAUGGACCGCAUCUACAACCGCGCGGUGUACCUGACGCACCCUGGGCGCUUGCCUGGCCCGGCCUUGGCGUUGAGCGCGGCGGAGGCCGAAGCUUUGCGGGGCCGCUUUCGGGCGAGCGAGCUGCCGGCGGAGGCCUCUGGCUGCGAAGCGCAGAACGGCGUGGCCUUUGCGGAUAACGUGCUCUCCCCGGCCGCGCUGGAUGCCUUGCAGCGAUGGUGCCGGGAGAGCACCAUGUGGUUCUCCACGCGCGCAGGCUACGUAGCAGCCUUCAUGCAGGAGGCCUUCAACGCGCCCCUUCUGGUGCAGCUGGUAGAGGAGAAUUCCCUCGUCACCAGGAGCUUCGGCGUGCGUUGCCUGACGUGCUCGGGCCGCACCAGCUCAUGA